UGCAUGGCAAUUCAUUGAAGACUUCUAAAUUGAAAACACCCCAAACACAAUAAAAGAGCUUUAUUUUCGUACAUUUUCUCUCAAAAUACUAGUGAUUAGCUAAUAACAGUGAACAAAACAUCAAGAUAAAGUACUUCUACACUGCCUGUGUACGAGUACGUCAGCUAAUCGACCAAGAACGCAGAGAAAUCACCCAGAAAGCACAACUUAACCUCACUUGCGGAUAUCAUCUUUGAAUAAGUGUUCCAGUGCCUAAAAAUGGCGAGAGUGGUUCUAGUGUCGAGAAGGAUGCUCCACAAGAGGCCAACCGCUUUGGUUGACGAGAUCAUUCGCGUGGAUCACGCUGGUGAGCUGGGAGCUGAUCGCAUUUAUGCAGGACAGAUGGCAGUGUUGGGGCAUACUAAAGUGGGACCGACGAUUCAGCACAUGUGGGAUCAGGAGAAGGAGCACAGACGCCGCUUCGAGAUGCUGAUAAACAAGCACCGCGUGCGUCCCACAGUCAUGACGCCCUUCUGGAACGUGGCGGGCUUCGCUCUGGGCGCCGGAACUGCCCUGUUAGGCGAGAAAGCCGCCAUGGCGUGCACUGUGGCUGUGGAGACAGUAAUCGUGGAUCACUACAAUGAUCAGCUGCGGCAGCUGAUGGCGGAUCCGAAGGUGGACCAAGAGCUGCUGGCCACAAUCACGCAAUUCCGCGAUGAAGAGCAGGAGCACCACGACACAGGCAUCGAUCAUGGUGCCGAGCAGGCGCCGUUCUACCGCGCCCUGACCGAGGUGAUAAAAGUGGGCUGCAAGGCAGCAAUCGCCAUCUCCAAGAAGGUCUAGAGAUGGUUGUGAUAUCGGCGAAAUAGAUGGCUUUAGAGAGA